CGGCGCUGCCCGGAUCCGGGCGAGCCCAGGGAGCGGGAGCGGGAGUCGGGGGACGGGAGAGGGGCCGAGGGGAGCGGGGCGGCCUCUCGUGGUCCCGCGGGGCCCCUGGGUGUCCCACGGGGCUCCUGAGGGUUGGGCCGGUGGCUCUGCGGGAACUCGCCGGAGCUUCGCUGCCUGAGCCUCUCGGCGGUGACGGUGCUCGAAGCUCCUCAUCUGUUUCUGCUUCUGCACUCCUGGAGAGUUGACACUCCGCAGGGAAGCAAUGUUCUAAGAAUGUCAUCAGGCAUCCAAAUAAAAACAAAGACUGCAGCACAGAAAAGCAAGACAUGUUUUCCAGAAUCACAGCCAAAGCCUAGUGACAAGCUGAAUCCUAAAACUAUUGAUCCGUUUGGUCCUUAUUCUCAACCGUCAACUGCAUUUGCUGCUACAUAUGCUAGAGGUGGCAUUCCGUGCAGGUUAGUGCAUGGAUCAGUAAAGCACAAACUGCAGUGGGACUGCCUUCCCGAAACUGUUCCCUUUGAUCCUCUCCUUAUAACAUUGGCAGAGGGACUAAGAGAGACAAAACAUCCCUAUACUUUUGUUUCCAAGGAGGGUUUUAAAGAAUUACUUCUGGUUGAAGGUGCUGCUGAAAAAGCUAUUCCCUUGUUGCCUCGUCUAGUUCCAGUCUUAAAGGCUUCAUUGGCCCAUGCAGAUGACGAAGUAUUUGGAAGAGGAUUGGAUGCUUUAGUGCAACUGAGUGCUCUUGUGGGCCCAUCUCUUAAUGAUCAUCUUAAGCUUCUACUCACAAAUCUUUUAAAGAGAUUAAUGGACAAGAAAUUUAGAGAAAAAGUUACUGUUGCUUUACAAAAGUUGGAGCAGUAUGGUGGAAAGGCAACUGUGGCUAUCAUCAAAUCUAAAAUUCCAACCUAUAGUUCUAUCUACUCUUGAACAAGAAAACUGUAGGGAUUUGUACUGUAAGGUGAAGUUAGGAAAGAAACUGUCUGCAAAUAUCACUGUUAUUUGGGGUAUGAUACAUUCUCUUAAAAUAAUAAUAAUCCUUCAGUAUGAUGGAGAGCAGGAGUCUUAUCAGUUUGUGAAUAUGUAAUUAUGGAAGACUUCUCUUUGUAUAUUUGCAUAUGCAUUGUGCUUAACAAUGACAUUGGUUAAUGUGCUGUUAUUUCAAAGACAGAGUAAAUAUUGAAUCUUAUUUUGUUUUAAAUUACAAUUUCAUUUAAUAUAUCUGCUGUGCUUAAUAUGUUUUGUAUAAUUGUGUGAUGCAAAAUAAAUUGGUUGUAAUUACUUAAAUAAAAUCUAACUUGGUGCUAAAUUGUA